CCCUCCGUUUCAGAGAUGCUGCCGCUGCUGCUGUCCCUGCUGUGGGCAGGGUCCCUGGCUCAGGACAGCGAAUACCGGCUGGAAGUGCAGGAGUCCGUGACGGUGCAGGAGGGCCUGUGUGUCCGUGUGCCCUGCUCCUUCUACGUUCCCUGGGUCAACAGGGACAACUCUGUCCCAGCCUUCGGCUACUGGUUCAAGGAAGGGGCCGAUGUGAAGCUGGAUGCCCUUGUGGCCACAAACAACUCAGGACGUAAAGUUCAGGAAGAGACCCAAGGCCGAUUCAACCUCCUAGGGGACCAUGGAAACAAUUGCUCCCUUGACAUCAGAGACGCCAGGAGGACGGAUGAAGGUUCAUAUUUUUUUCGUGUGGAAAGAGGAACGAAAUUAUGGAGUUUUCUGUCUAACCCGCUCUCCUUGCAUGUGACGGCUCUGAACCACACACCCCACAUCCUCAUUCCUGCGAUGCUGGAGGCGGGCUGCCCCGGGAACCUGACCUGCUCUGUGCCCUGGGCCUGUGAGCAGGGCGCGCCCCCCAUCUUCUCCUGGACGUCAGCCGCCCUCACCUCCCUGGGCCCCAGGACCCACCUGUCCUCAGUGCUCACCAUCACCCCACAGCCCCAGGACAAUGGCACCAAUGUCACCUGUCAGGUGAAGUUCCCCGCAAGCGGUGUGAUCGUGGAGAGGACCAUCCAGCUCAGCGUCACCUGUGCUCCACAGAGCCCAGCAAGAGGUGUGUGCUCAGGGGAUGGCACAGGGCAGUCGGGGCGCGUCGCAGCACAGGUGAUUCUGACGGCCAUCUGGGAAGCGGCUGUCAAGAUCCCGCUACUCUUCUUGGUCCUCAUCGCCCUCCUAGUGACGUCCCGCAGGAGGAAGGCAGCCAGCCCGCAGGGGGCGCGUCUAUUGCAUACGCUGUUCCAGGUUACCCCUCUGGGAUCCAAUAAUCGCUAAGUGCUGUCCAUCCUUCCUCCUAAGCACAGCUCGUCCUGAUGCCCGUCUCCUUCCCAUCUUGACCCCAGUCGUUCCAGCAGCCUCCUCUCUUCCCUGGGUCUCUGAACCCACCCACCUCCUGCCUCCAUCUCCCUGGGAAACACAGGCCUCCGCACUGUUCGCAGAGACCG